UUUCAGGGGACCCCGCAUUCGGCCCUUUGCUCCUCGUCCACUCUCUUCCCUUUCCUUUUCGUGCAGCGCCACGGUUCUCGCGCUUCACUCGGGGUACGGUGUGUUUGGGGUUCGAGCUCGAGUGCAGUCUCCGAUUAUGCCUUGAUCGGCUGCCCCGAGCCUGUUGACCGUUUAGAUUGGGAGUCAUUGUAUAUAUACAUAUAUAUAUAUAUACAUUUUCCUUCGCGUUUGUGGUGAGGUGAUCCUUCCGAGGUGACUGAGGUUGGGACGGCGAGCCCAGGUUGGAAUUGUGAAGAGAACUGAGAUACCCCGGGGAUGUUCUCUGCAUGAAGUGGUUCGUCGGUAGUGCGUUCUGGGGUCGCCAGAAGGAUGUCUCCCAGUGUUGAUUGCUUGGCAAGCUUGUAUUGUGCGGAGGAUGUGAGUGGCACGGCGUGGAAUGAGAGUGAGAUGUGUGGCGCCGCGGACAGAGUGUUUGAGUCUCAGCCUGCUGUGUUUAUGGAUUUCCCCGUGGAGGAUGAUGAGGCCAUUGCCACUCUGCUCAUGAAAGAGGCGCAAUUCAUGCCCGAGGCUGAUUACCUGGAGAGGUACCAGUCUCGGAAAUUGAGCCUUGAGGCUCGUCUGGCUGCUAUUGAGUGGAUUUUGAAGGUCCACUCUUUUUACAACUACAGUCCCUUGACUGUAGCUUUAGCGGUGAAUUACAUGGACCGUUUUUUGUCGCGUUAUUACUUUCCGGAAGGAAAGGAGUGGAUGCUGCAGCUUCUGUCAGUGGCGUGCAUAUCUCUCGCUGCGAAAAUGGAGGAAUCCGACGUGCCGAUACUGCUCGAUUUUCAGGUCGAACAGGAGGAACACAUAUUUGAAGCCCACACUAUUCAGAGGAUGGAACUCUUAGUCUUGUCCACUCUAGAGUGGCGGAUGAGUGGAGUGACGCCUUUCUCGUAUGUAGAUUAUUUUUUCCACAAGCUUGGUGUUAGUGACUUGCUGCUGAGAGCUCUUCUCUCUCGAGUUAGCGAAAUUAUUUUGAAAUCCAUUCGUGUUACAACUUCCCUCCAAUACCUUCCCUCGGUUGUCGCGGCGGCAUCUAUUAUCUGCGCACUGGAAGAAGUGACAACUAUUCGCACGGGAGAUCUACUUCGAACAUUCAACGAGUUGUUAGUUAAUGUGGAAUCUGUGAAGGACUGUUACAUCGAUAUGAGGCAAUCUGAGAUAGGUCCUUACUGUGUCCGCAUGGGUCUGAAGAGGAAGAUAUUGCACGCAUCGGAACCCCAAAGUCCCGUUGGAGUAUUGGAGGCAGCCGAUGUGAGCAGCCCCAGUGGGACUGUGCUUGGAUUCUCUUCUCGCGAGUCCAGUCCAGAUGUGACGGAUUCACCGCCUUCAACUAAUUCCCAGCGCAAGCGUCGCAAGUUGUCUCUUCACAAUGAGAGUUGUCUCCACGUAGAGAGCGCCAGCCUAUAAAGUGUCCAUCGAACCGAAUUUUUUUCACUGGCAGUUUCCGUUGCAUGAAAACGUCCUCAAUCCGCUUGCCGAACUCGGCAUCAGUUCCACCAUGCACCAUAGUUACUAGAUGUGUUUGUCUAUCCAUAGCGGUUUUGACGGGAUGCCUGAGUCUAUACCCAAACUCAGGGACGACGAAGAAUUAUGUCAGCAUUUUUUAGCCGUAUUUUUAAUGCGGCUAAUUGUUUAGUCGUAUUAUGAGCAUUCUUUAGCAGGUGCGCCAACAGUAUCUGCUCCUAUAUAAUAACAAGAAGUUUACUUGCCGAGUUAUUGCAAAA